GAAAUACUAAAAAUAUGUGUGACGACUAUGACUUAUUCAUGUAACCUUGGUUUUAUGCUAUUUCAAUUAGGAACAGAUGUACAGUUGCUUAGUAGCUCCUGUUGACAUAAAGUUUGGGCUUCAUCUAAAUGUCUAAAUCUGAAGUUAUUAGGGGUUUCUUCAUGUACUCUUUCAACAUAUUUCAGCACUUAUUUGUUAUAUAGGUAUUGUGGUGUAAUUUUUAAAUAUUGCAGUUCAUUGUAAGUGUACUGCUGCAUUUAUGGCUGAGUAGCUUGGAGAUUCCUUAGUUUUCCUGAAGAUUGAAGCUAGUUGUUGGUCUUCUACUUGUUUUAUAUAACAUAUAUACCCACUAUAACUAAUGUGUCAUAAACUGCUAGAUUGAUAUUCUUCUGAUAAAGAUAUACACAAAAAUGGAUAUCCUUGUUGUUCAAUGCUAGUUUGGCAACGUGGCUCCUCUUGUACCCAUGUAGCUUAAAGGCGGUUGCGGGGCUUGUUGGGAGGGGGGAGAGCGUCCGUCUGCCUGUUUCCAACCGGCUCCGCUGCGUGUGAGGGCGCCGCGAUCGUCAGCCGCCUCGUUCCCCGCACGUAUUGGCGUCCUCGACCAUCCUCUCCGACCACCCUGUUGCCAGAUUUCGAGCGACGGUUGCCGCGCGAACACCUCUUGCUCUCCGUCCCGCGCUAGUGUAGUUCGUUGUGCGUUCGUUGAUCGGUGGUGCGAUGACAAUGAUGAUAAGGGUGCUUCGAUAGUGCGCGCCCCUCGCUAUGUCCGACAAUCAGCGCGGUUGGGACGAGGAACAGCAGCAGCAGACAGGGGGCGGCGGCAUGUGGUGGCAAGACCAACAGCAAGCGGCGCUACAACAGCAGCUGAUGCAGCAGCAAAUCGAAGCGGCGAUUAGCUCCUCCGCUACGGCCACCCAGCAAAUGUUUAAUUACAAGAUGGCUAGCAGCUUCCAAAACCCAGCAACCACGGUGUCAAAUUCGAACUCUGUACGAGCGUACGCCGGCGGUGAUUAUGGCGGUGGUGGCGCCGGUGCGGGUCAGUGGUGGUAUCCGCAGACUACCAUGGACAAUAUGUUGCAGCAGCACCUGCAACAACAACAAAAUAUGCCACCUGUACAUACUCCCCCUCCAGCGCAUAGUGAUUCUCAGUCGUUGCAGCAGCAACAGCAGCAGCAACAACAGCAGGCGCAGGAAGCCCAGCACCAGCUGAAUCAGCAACUAGCCGAAGAAGUGCGAGAGCAUCUUCAACAGCAGCAACAACAGCAGCAAGAGCAGUCGAAGCGGCACCAGCAGGAGCUUCAUCUGUUCAACCGCGUCCAGCAGCAGAUCGAGGAAGCGAAUCAACGCUUCCACGAUUCCCAACAGCAGCAUUUGCAGCAUCUGCAACAGCUACACAACACCCAUUUGCAUAAUAGUCAACAGCAGGUGCUUCAACAGCACCAGCAACAGUUGCAGCAACAACACCUAAACCAUCUGCAACAGCAGCAUCUGCAACACCAACAGCAGCAGCAACAACAGCAGUUACCGCCGUUAGCAGCAAAGGGUAGGAUGCCGCGCGCAAAAGGUGAUUCCCGUCCCAGGGGCCGCAUGACGGCCUACGCCUUCUUCCUGCAGACGUGCCGCGAAGAGCACAAGAAGAAACACCCCGAUGAGAAUGUUGUGUUCACCGAAUUCUCCAAGAAGUGCGCCGAAAGGUGGAAGACCAUGUCUGACAAGGAAAAGAAGAGAUUCCAUGAAAUGGCUGAAACGGACAAGAAGCGUUAUGACGCUGAAAUGCAGAACUACACUCCUCCCAAAGGCGAAAAGCAGAGAGGGAAGAAGAGGAAGCAGACGAAAGAUCCCAAUGCACCAAAAAGAUCUUUGUCUGCAUUCUUUUGGUUCAGCAAUGAUGAGCGCGGUAAGGUCAAGGGUGAAAAUCCCGAAUAUAGUGUUGGAGACAUUGCCAAAGAAUUGGGGAGAAGAUGGGCUCUUGCUACUCCUGAGACCAAAGGCAAAUACGAGGCUCUUGCUGAUCAGGAUAAAGCCAGAUAUGAAAAGGAGAUGACAGCAUACAAGAAGAAAAACAACCCGGCGUUGCAGCAGGCGGCGCAACCAGUACCUGAAGAAGCGGAAGAGGACGACGAGGACGCGGAAGAUGACGACGAGUAAACGCGAGUAAUCAAAAGGGACUUGCGCCCUCUACCUCUCGCUACUAUCACUACGUCGUCUACGCCUUCUCAUUCCUUUUAUUGUACAUAUACAUUAGUAGCAGUGUUUUUUUAUUUCUCAUACAUAUUUUUACUGUGUGUACUUACAAAAAAAUCAUUUUUUUUUUUUGAAGUCUCGACGUGUGUGCGUGCAGUUAUCCAAUGCGAUGGACGGUGAUCUGAAAAUGGAGCGCGUUUCUACAUUCCUAAAUUAUCUUGAAUAAAAUUAUUUUUUCGGACUAGAUUUAAAUGAAAAAUGGCAGAGUUUUUUCAGCGUCAAUUACAUUUCAAUGUCACAAAUUUUUGGAAAAGAACUCAGCAAUUUCCUUAUGAAUAUCAGACAUCCGCUAAAUUGAUCGAAUUUUGAUGGAUAUUUUUUUAUCUCUUAGUUCAUUGUGAAUCCAGUCAUAAACAAACCCAGUUGCCAAAUCUUAUCAAGAUGAUUUUUCCUUUUGCAGACAUGAUCAAUUAAUAAUAUAAUUAUUCAUAAUUCGGACUGUUUGCCUACACUGUUCCUCAUAAAUAUUCCUUACACUUUUUCUUAAAGAUACCACAAACAUUGGUUGGUAAUCACCAGAAGUCUGAGUCUGAUUUAAUUCAGAAAAGUGCCGUGGUCUUUUUUUAUAAAUUCGCAGUUUCAUCUUUGAUCAUUAACAAUCUCUGAAUCAUGUCUACAAAAUUGACUAACAAUAUAUGCGGUGAACAGAAACGCGGUCUGUGUUGCGAACGUCCUACAUUUCACGUUUCUCGACGUUAAAGUAUGUAGUGUAAUUUUAUCGUUCAAUUAUAUUUUUCCGUAUCUUCUUGUGCUGUCAAAACUCAGGACAGUAGUACAACGGGUUGAAAAUAAUUUUUAGCAGCAUAGGAGAGGUUUUGCAUAUAGGGUUGUAUCAUAACACUCCAUUAUUUCUUGGCUGCCCAUCCUUGCAGGUAAAGGUAAUGGUGGUUAGAUUUCACUAGGUUUGUAUCAAAACAUAAUUGUAGUGUUUUGGGCGAUAAUGAUCGUAUUUCAAUAUAUAUGGUUCUUUUCAUAAAUUGGUCAUUCCAAAAUGAUUUUCAAAAUCAUAAAUAAAUUCUUGGCUUUCUCUCAAUAUUAUUUUUAUGAUCUCCUUAGUUUCCUCCCAAAGUAUAUAGAAAGUGUGAAUGAACAUGAGCCAUCAUUGCACAAUUUAUAAUCAAAAUUUUUACUCAAGCUUUACAAGAAAAAUACUCAAAUAUACAGUGAGGUGCCAUACAGUUAAUUUCAAUUUUGACAGUCCUAGGGUUCACAGUAUGGCUGACGGUUGGAGCUAAAAUAAACCUGUACCUUAGCUGCUGCUGUUGGUCACGUCUGCUUAAAACAUACAAACAUAAUAUGCUGAUAAUUAUUAACGUACACUCUGUUCCUCUUGAAGACAUUGUAUAUACUACUAAAAGCAGUUUUGUUUGAGAGAUGCGACAGAAUAUUUUCUGCUCUCAUCGAGAAAUGUAGAAUUCCUUAGCGAUGCUAGAGAAGUGGAUAUAUUUCUUUCCCUCUCUUGCGUGUAAUGAACAUGCCUCUGGUAGUAGAAUAAUAGCUGGAUGUUAUACCAGCAAAAACUGCUGGGUAAUAUGUGGAAGAUACAUAUAUUUAUGAGAGACUGCUGCUAUUACAUGAUACUACUCAUCAGUCCACUAAAUUUACCAAAACGAAAAGGAUUAUUUUUUAUAAAAGGAAUCAUAUGAGUGAAAUAACCCUGUGUACAAAAACGUUUUAAAUCAUUAUAUGCGAAAACAACGCCGCAUUUAGCUGUGUUGUUAGCAGCUGUUGUAUUACCUGGAUUGUAAAUGAACAUAAUCUCGAAUUUGCGUUUUAGGAAAAACUAUCCCGACUGAAAAUACAAAAUUUUUAAGUUUCAUUUACAGUCCCGCAUAGGUCUAAGCGCUGUCGACGUCAUAUGUAUUUAUUUGUAUGCUGUAAAAGUUUAAGUUUUAUUCACAGAUAGCGUAAAAUGAAAAUGUAUGAUUAUCCAUUUCCCCCUACAGUAUAAACAGAGCCAGGCAAGUCAAACAGUCAAAAUGCCAAAGUGGAUAUAUGUGAGUGUAUCUUAUGGACAAUAUUUUAUUUAUGUUUUUUUUGUGUAGAAAGGUUCUAUCAAAUCCUAAAGCAUUUUCAUUACAAACAUUUGAAAAAUUAUUUUAAUGCAAUAAGGAAAACUUGAGCGAUUUUAGCGGGCUUAUUUGUGACAUUACGUGAAAAUGGUCCAACUCAUGGUUACACGUUAAUCAAACCUCACUCAACGUCGUGUCAAAAAACAAAAACCCAGGGAAUUACGGCCAGUUGGCCAAUAAGAAUACGAGAAUUCAAAGAUCUCGCGCUGAUUUGACGGAUGUAAAUGAGGGUUGUUGAACACAGUUUAGGUUUUGGUAGGACUUUGAGCUAUCCGUGAUCAGCAGAAUACUUUGAGUUCAUUAAUUACUGUAAUUCUUCCGUUAUUACCAUAUACAUAUUAAGAAUAGUAUUACUUCAUGUGAUGUGAAAUGUUUUCAUUACAUUUGUAUGUAUAUUUCCAGUAUAAUUUUAUAUUGUUACUGUUGAUACAGUUUUAGUGGAUAAACAUUUCAUCACAUUACAAAAAGCUCUGUGUUAUUUUAGGGAGAUGAUAGACAAGCAAUGUUUGUUUUUAUAUCUUGAUAGGGAUAACUAAACAGAUUAAUAAAAUUUUCAGUAAAAUGACAUUUUGUUUUUAUACAGCAGUUAUACAGGGUUACAGGAAAAGUCGUGCUAGAUCCGUUAAGGGCGUGUAGUACCCAUCAUUUCUGACUUAUUUCAUUAUGAAACACCCUACCCUAAACUUAACCCUUUUCGAGAUAUUCAACUUUUAAUGUUUUUAUUGAAAAUUGCCGAUUUUUAGGCUACUAAAUGUAUUUAUUUUUAUUUUGUGUGUGUUAUUAUUACUAUUAUUGCAUUUUAACAUGUGUAAUAAGAUGCUUUAGGACGUCAAUCAUUA